AUGGACAAAAAGGAUGUCGUGAAGGCCUUUGCCGCCACACUGGAAGAUGAGGAGCUUGAAAAUGACUAUGCGCCAAUCUUACGACUUGAAGAACUGGGUGUCUUCAGAGGAAGUGGCAGAACCAGCAUGGUACAGGGGACGGAAAGACGGGUUAUUAACCAAAUGAACAUGGGAACGAUCAGCAGAUGGACUCUGAGACAACAGUUGAGCGCACAACUAAACGGGAAGUUGGCACCUGUGUCUCUCUCCUGCUUCGUGCCACUAGAAGACGCGAAGGGUCAUAUCGAGGCUGUCUUACAUGACGUCAGCCCUUUUCAGUGGCGCCACCUGUCGGUGGGCGAGACUCGUGAGAGCUUCCGCUGCUGUAUGAUGACGAUGCUGAGUCUACUGGAGGCUGAGGAAGAAGUCUUGCCCCUUCCAGAGCUCAAACGCUGGCAUCUAUUGCCUUGCAAACCCGUUAGGACUGUGCCCAGUCGACCAUGAAAGUGACAUGCUUGACCAAUGGAGGCCUUGAAAUUGGCAAAGACGUCAUGGAAUUCUGUGACAAAAUGGCCGACAUCACCAAGCAGUUAGAUGACGUACUUAACCCGCUAGGCGGGUUUUGGAACAGCAAACAAGAGUUGCCGACUUUGUUGCAUUUUGCCGCCAAGUUCAACUUACCAGGUCUGUGUCAGGUGUUACUGAAAAUACCUUGGGCGGGAUUAGCGGCUGGAAUAGCGAACAGAGAAAGGCACACGCCCGAGCAAUUGGCUCGAAAAUACGGUCACGUGCGAUUAGCUGAGCUCCUGGUGACUGGGAGCAAGGCCGAUUCGUCAUCUCCUUCACAAGAACAAGAAGAGCUGUAUGUUACCCCUGACUACUGUCGACCCCAGGACCUGUUUGCCUACACUGUCAGCUCCUCCAAUAAUUCUGACUAUCUGGACGUGGACGUCGAACUUAUAAGCUCGAACCAGAGAUUUCCCUCUAAUAUACAACUGCAGGAAACGACACAGAGGGGAAGAGCAUUUUUCAGCAAGUCAUUCCCACCUCAUUGCAAGACAAAGAGCAAGCGACCCCCGCCAACACCUCAUCGAUCUCUUCCGACGUACAUAAAUAUCCCACCCCCAAACCCAUUGCCUAGCAAAGUGAACUCUCUCUUACACAGACGGUUGUCACAUCCUGCAGACGACAGCAACACAACAUACAUCAAUCCCAAUAACUGUCGCAGUGAAGCUCGCCCGGUUGCCCCUCCGAGGAAGUCAUCGCUGUCAAGGCAUCCACCACCCACCCACAAAGGGUGGGUUUCGACCUCACUGCCAACGGGCGGAGUCCUUGUCGCACAAUGUACAGAACCAUUUCCUCCUCAGCACUUCGCUCAUUCUCCUCCCUCUAAUCAGUUCGUUCCGCGCCCUUGUCAAUCAAGACACCCAAACCAGCCCAUGCCUCGAAGAAGGUUCAGUUUGUCUUCGGCGUGCCAGUGCCCGAAUCCGCCUUCGAAAAUAUCCAACAGUAAAUCUCUCUCUAGACUCGACGUAAAUGCUAUAGGAAGUGACAGAGGGGAAGAUGAAACGGUAUCGUCUUUAUGUACUAGUACUACAGGACCGUUUUCAACAGCUCUACCCGCCAAGAGCAUCUCACUUCAGAAUGUAUCUUCUGAAAUACAAAUAUUACCCGAGGAUGGUACUUCUCCACGUAAACACAACAAGCCUCGCCAUAGAUCCAAGUCUGAAAGAACUCCCUUCAUAGACCCAGCAAGCGACACUACAGCUGGAAAAAGUCCCCACAGAGCCAUCUUUAAUUCCUUUGGAAAUAGACAAUCCAAGCAAGUAAGCAACAGGAACUGAAGCUUCUCACGUGCGCCAGGCUCAAUUCACAAGAAGAAAAGGUGAUCGUAGACAGUCCAGCUCCCAACCGCCGGCGGGCCUCGGAACCUUCCGCCAUCACCACCACCUCCACCUCCCUCAAUCCGGCCGCUGCUGCAACAAGGCCUAGCGCCAUGCCAAACCACAUCUCUCCUUCUAUCACUUGUAAGCCUCCCCUUCUGUCAAAGAGUUUCGAGAAUCCAUCUAAAGAAAUAGUUUCUGGUGCCACAACGAAUUGGACAAAGACUGCAUCUUCGUUCUCUCCCGUCUCUUCUCCCUCCACGGUGACGUCACUGCAGUCAAACUCUGCCACGAUAACUAUAACGAAUCCGAGCAAAAAUUUCCCUCUUGGAUUUACUAUGUCAAAGUCGACAUUCAUGCGAACCAACAGGAACUCAAGAAACUAUGUCACUAAAUUCUGAAGAGAAUGGGCCAUCAGUGAAUUCACAAACCUACACUUCGUCGAAAACAAACUUUCGGGUGAUUUAAUCCCCGUGCACAUUUUCCCCUAUAUGGACAUUAUGGCGUUUUCUCGGACAAACUCUCUGUUUUGUUUUGUUUUGUAAAUUGUCUUUAAUCAUGGCCUCACAUUACCGAAAACACACUGUCUCUGCCUGUCUGUCUGCCUGUCUCUCUGACUGCCUGCCUGCCUGUCUGUCUGUCUGUCUGUCUGUCUGUCUGUCUGUCUGUCUGUCUGUCUGUCUGUCUCUUUGUGUAUGUCCGGUUUUGAGCCGGGAGGGAACGAAAGCGUAUAACGUUUACGGAGAGACAAUAAUACGCAAAAAAAGAGUCCAUAUAGCGGGAUAUUAUACGUAAUGCUGAAAUUUUGAGAGGUACGUUUCUACCAUCUUCACUUUGUGUCUUGUAUAAAACAUAGGCUAGUAAAUUGUCUAGAGCCACAUUGGAAUGGGUUUUUAUAUCCAAUUGAACAUUACAGUUGACUUCCCUUGUGUUGAACUCACCUGAGUUGAUCCUGUUGAUCCCUUUCCC